ACUUUGAUUAACAGUCUGCAGAACACUCUAAAACUUUCUAUUCUUUUCUUCAAAAUAUGGCACUUGCUUGAUCUUUCACGAAACGUCACGAACAUCCUCCACAUUUAUAUAUAUUCACACACAUUCCAUACUUGUCAUCACCGAAAGAAAAAUAAUCAACCAACAAGCAAAAACACUCUCACUCUUUUCAUUACUAUUUUCUGAAAUUUCAGUAUGUCGAUAAUUCCAAGUGUGUUCGGUACAGGAAGAAGAACUAACGUAUUCGAUCCAUUUUCUCUAGACUUAUGGGACCCAUUUCAGAACUUCCAACUAGCAAGAUCCGCCACCGGAACCACCAACGAGACGGCAGCUUUUGCCAACGCUCACAUUGACUGGAAGGAAACACCGGAGGCUCACGUGUUCAAGGCCGAUCUUCCUGGAGUGAAGAAGGAAGAAGUGAAAGUUGAAAUAGAAGAAGAUCGUGUGCUCAAGAUAAGCGGAGAGAGGAAAACUGAAAAGGAAGACAAGAACGACACCUGGCAUCGUGUUGAACGUAGUCAGGGGAGUUUCCUCCGCCGUUUCAGGUUGCCGGAAAAUGCUAAAGUUGAUCAGGUGAAGGCUGCUAUGGAAAACGGUGUUCUUACUGUUACUGUUCCUAAAGAGGAGAUUAAGAAGCCCGAAGCUAAGCCCAUUCAGAUCACCGGCUAAUUUGAACCUGAUGAUGUUUACUUCUAUCGAAAUAAUAUAAAUAAUAAUUGUGUGUAGUUGAGACAUGUAUGGACUCAGCUAUUACAAUAAUGUUGGUUGUGAGUGUCUUGUUUUCUUCUCUUUAGUGUGUAUGCUGAGUGUUCUUUUAUUAUAAGAAAGUUUCUUUUCAUUAAGCUA